GAGAAGGAGAAGGAGAAGGAGAAGGAGAAGGAGAAGGAGAAGGAGAAGGAGAAGGAGGAGAAGGAGAAGGAGAAGGAGAAGGAGAAGGAGAAGGAGAAGGAGAAGGAGAAGGAGAAGGAGAAGGAGAAGGAGAAGGAGAAGGAGAAGGAGAAGGAGAAG